AUGCGAAAACAGAGGUUUGCAAGUAACGAAAAGGCUGCGAAACCGACACCUACUACGCAUAAUGUUGACAAUAAAAAAAUAUCAGAGGUCACCGAGUCAAAAGCUUCUAAUCAAACUCAAGAAGUUGCUACGCCAACUCAAAAAAAAAAUAAAUUUAAAUUCGGUAAAUUUCUGUUCCAAAUAACACUUUUAGGCGGUAUAACAUAUGGUGGAGCUGUGUAUUUUUCUCUAAAUAAUGAUAAAUUUCGAGAUUAUUUUACUGAACAUAUUUAUGGAGCAAAACAGGUAGUGGAAUAUACGGAGGAUCUUCAAACGCAGGGUUUUUUUUAUGAUAUGAAAAAGAAAAUGAAACAAAUAAGCUAUAGAUACAUUGGUCUGCCUAAACCAUCCGAAGAUAGUAUAUCACCUUCCAAUAAAAUAUACGAAUUGGCCAAUAAAGAAAAUCCAAUCAUUCGUAAACUUUCCGGUACUCUUAAACAACUUGACACCUUCAUGAUAAAUCACGACGUAAAAAAUGCUGGAAGGAAAAUUUUAUCUCAAGCAAGAGAUGAAUUAAAUGAGCUCAGUAAAAAUAUUGACCAGAUUAAGGCCGAAGAUCAGGAUUUGUUACAAAAGAAACUAGACGAACAAAAGGAAAAAUUCAAUCAGAUUAUUGCAAACUAUGAAAAUUCAAUGGAAGAACAUAUCAAAGAUAAAGAAAUCGCUCUAAUGAAACAAUUCGAUCAAGAAAAACAUGACUUAUAUCAACAACAUCAUGAACAACUCAAUUCUGAGCUUUCGCACCAAGCAUCGAAACACAAGGAGGAGUUAGAGAAUGAGCUUGUUCGACAGGCUGUUGACAUGCAACGUCGAUGGGUAAAAGACGUAAUGAUUAUGGUUGAGAAAGAACGUUCUGGGCGUCUAGCAAGAUUAGAUUAUAUCAAUAAACGUCUCAAAACGCUUGAACGUUUUUGCAUAAGUAACACCGAUAAUUUGGACGCUAUUAUCAAAGUACAUCGUCUAUGGUGUACACUGAAAUCAUUACAAAAUGUAAUUGAACAACCUCAUCGAACUCCGUUUAUCGAUCAGAUUGUUGCAUUGCGUCGUUUUUUUUCAACUGAUGAAGUGGUAUCAGCUGUAUUGUCUACAAUCGACGACUCAGUUGCCAUCAAUGGUGUUGAUUCCAUUUCGGAUUUAUCAAAACGAUUUAACACUGUAAGAGAAGAAGUUAGACGUGCAUCUUUAGUACCUGAAGACGGUGGUGUACUUUCUCAUUUAUUAUCUCUUGUAUUAUCUAAAAUACUGUUUCGUAAACAUGGACUCGUGGAUGGAAAUGACGUAGAGGCGAUACUCGCUCGGGUUCAGUAUUAUCUUAAUAAAAAUGAUUUGGAUACUGCGACAAGAGAGUUGAAUCAAUUAGAAGGUUGGCCGAAAAAGUUGGCUAAUGAUUGGAUUACAUCUGCUAGAAAUCAUUUAGAAAUCAAACAAGCGAUCGAGAUACCAAUUUUAUCCAGAUCUAGAGGUAUCGAACGACGCAUUGACGAUGCAAAAUCAGAAUAUCGAGCACGAAGGGCCAUAAAUAUUGAAAAGAAGAAACUGGUUAAUAAAGAUCGAAUAAAAGUGGAUUUCACUACUAUUGACAUUGAAAGAAAGUUGAGAAAAAUAGCAACCAGAGGCGUUAUACAAUUAUUUAAUGCAAUUCAUAUGUCACAAAAAAUUGUUGAUAAUUCAAUAAAAGAAGCUGGUGGUAAACAAAGAUUAACAACAAAGGAAGCUAAAGAUGGUAAAGUACAAUCAUUUGUAGCUUAUGUUAUCUUUCGGUUUUGUCAGUUUUGCCGCUGA